CCUCCUCUAGAUAUCAGGGACACAGUGAAGUACAAAGAAGUCAUGAAACAAUAUGGGCUGGGCCCAAAUGGUGGAAUAGUGACCUCUCUCAAUCUCUUUGCUACAAGAUUUGAUCAGGUGAUGAAGUUUAUUGAAAAAAGACAAAAUGCAUCCAAGUAUGUUAUUAUUGACACACCAGGGCAAAUUGAGGUAUUCACCUGGUCAGCAUCAGGAACCAUCAUAACUGAGGCCUUGGCUUCUUCUUUUCCUUCAGUUGUUGUUUAUGUGAUGGACACCUCUCGCAGUACUAACCCUAUCACCUUUAUGUCCAACAUGCUGUAUGCCUGCAGUAUCCUGUACAAGACAAAGCUACCUUUCAUUGUUGUCAUGAACAAAGUAAGUUAAAGCUAAGGUUUCUAUCUCCUAGUGGAAUGCUGUUCUAU